AAAUAAAUAACUAAGAGACUAUAAAUAAAUAUAAAUAUAUAAAAGUGCAGAGCGUGACAAACUUAUUGUGUCUCUAACAAAAACAAUGGCAACGAGGCGAGAGUUCAAGGUUCUGGCGAUUGCUGCCAUUUUAGCAGUGUUAUCUUCCACAAGUGCAUCUUCCUCACCAGUACAAAUAUCACGCCAAAAACGCCAACUAUUCUUCCCCGGUCCUGUCAACUUCAACACACCGCCCCCAAGACCCCCAAGACAGAACCAGAACUUCCGGAGACCUGGACAACAAAAUUUCAAUACAAAUCAGAACUUUCAACAAGGUUUCAACAAUCCUAAUUUCAAUAAUCAGCCUAGGCCUGGUCAAGUAAAUUUCAACCCGAGCGGUGGAAAUUUUAAUCAGAAUCAAAGACCAGGUGGUGGAAAUUUUAAUCAAAACCAAAGACCAGGAAGUGGAAAUUUUAAUCAGAAUCAAAGACCAGGUGGUGGAAAUUUUAAUCAAAACCAAAGACCAGGAAGUGGAAAUUUUAAUCAGAAUCAAAGACCAGGAAGUGGAAAUUUCAAUCAGAACCAAGGCUCUGGUUUUAAUCAGUUCCAAAGACCUAGUGGUGGUGGAUUUAAUCAAAAUCAGAGACCAGGAGGUAAUUUUAAUCAGAACCAGAGACCUGGAUCUAACCAAAAUCUAUUUGAUCCCAGACCAACCCAGUCGAGUAUAAACACUCGCAGGACAACCAGACAGAUCGACUUCUACGACGACGAUGGUGGUUUCGUCUUCGGCAACAGCGAAGAAACCAGGACGACCUCCACCACGCCUCGCAGUUCUGGACCGAUUCUGCAGUGGACUGGAAACAACCUUAACUCUGUGCAAAAUCAGUUCCCGUUCGUCGCCCAAUCGUCAGCAAACAAUUGCCAGAACAACUGCCAUCGCACCGUGACGAACGAGUACAACCCCAUAUGUGGAACUGAUGGGGCAACUUACACGAAUCCAGGAAAGAUGAGGUGUGCCCAGACCUGCGGAAUAAAUGUCCGAGAAUCAUACAAAGGUGCAUGCCCAGGUUUAUCGAGUUCCAUCAACAGAGUUUAAUUUAAAAUGUGUUCAAGUAUUACAAAUGAAUAAUUUUGUCGUAUUAGUGGUGGUCAGUAUUUAUUCCUGAACUUUAUCAUAUAUCCUUAUAAAAAUUAUCAAGAAUUCACAUUUUACCUCGUAACACUUUUCGAUAAAAUUUGUGAAUAAUAACAUCA